AUGGCUGCAACUGAUACACACCAUGAUGCUGUCGAGAUGCCAUUCGAUCCCAACAAAAUCCAGGCCAUAUAUGAUGAGCAACGCAAUUUACGCCUCAAUGAUGAAGAUACCCAAAGGUAUCGCCAUGUGACAGGGGGUGGCUUCGGUGUUGCUCAAAAGCACGGGAAUACGGAGUCCAAAUUCAUCAGGGACGGGAUUUCUGCUAAGUACGAGGUCAUCAUCGUAGGUGGAGGUUUUGGGGGACUUUUAAGUGCUAUUCAGUUGCUUAAAAGCGGCAUUCAAGACUUUGCUAUUAUCGAGCAAGGUCGUGAUUUCGGGGGUACGUGGUACUGGAACAAAUACCCUGGAGCGCAGUGUGAUGUUGAGUCAUACAUCUACUUGCCUCUUCUGGAAGAGGUCAAUUACAUGCCGAAAGAGAAAUAUAGCUACGCGCCGGAAAUUUUCCGCCAUGCGCAGACCUUGGGUCGCCAUUUUGGUCUGUAUUCAAAAGCAUUGUUCCAGACUACAGUUAAAAGUCUUCACUGGUCAGGGAGCUCCCACCUUUGGAAGGUAGAGACGGACCAGAGCGAUCACCUGUCUGCGCGAUGGGUGGUCCUCUGCCCAGGAAAUCAAAGCACUCCUAGAUUCCCAAACAUACCAGGGGUUGAGUCUUUCCAAGGAGCAAGCUUCCACACAUCUCGGUGGGAUUAUUCAUACACGAAAGGCGAAGGUGAUGGCAAGCUGCUUGGUCUGAAAGGAAAACGGGUCGGUAUCAUCGGUACUGGAGCUUCGGCUGUCCAAGUUGUGCCAAACGUAGCAGAUUACGCGCAGCAUCUCUUCGUGUUCCAGCGCACACCGUCCUCAAUUAGUGUUCGCAACAACCAUCCAACGAGCGAGCCGUGGGCGCUAUCACUAGGAUAUGGGUGGCAGCGUAGAAGAAUGGACAACUUUCAUGCCAUAACUACGGGCAUUGCGGACCCGAACGAAGGUGAUUUGGUCAACGAUGCAUGGACUACAAUGUUGCGCAAGGUCGCCGGGGGUCUGUCUACAAAGAACUCUGGAAGCAACGGCAAUCCAGCCCAGCCUGAUCUUCAACAGAUGGCACAAGCAUCUCAGCUUGCAGAUUUUGAGGUCAUGGAGGGUAUACGAGCUCGCGUCGACCGAGUAGUCACAAAGAACUCAGAUACAGCUUCAGCAUUGAAGCCAUGGUACAAUUUGUUGUGCAAGCGGCCGUGCUUCCAUGAUGGAUACUUGCAGACGUUCAAUAAAGAGAACGUCACAUUGGUGGACACCUCAGGCAAAGGCGUCGAAGCGGUCACAUCAGAAGGCGUGGUUGUAAGAGGCCAACACAUAGAGUUGGACUGCAUAAUUUACGCAACAGGCUUCGCAUGGCAGACCGAAUGGACAGAACGUACUGGCAUACAGAUUUUUGGCCGCGACGGACUCCCAAUAACGAAAAAGUGGGCUGAAGGCAUGUCAACAUUUCAUGGCUGGGGCACGCAUGGCUUUCCAAACUUGAUAUUGAUGACACAUGCCCAGUCUGGCCUGUCAGUAAAUUACACACACACGAUAAUCGAGAAGGCAGAGCAUAUGGCAUAUAUCAUUGAGAGUUGCCGAGCUCGGGGUAUACAGGCAGUCGAGCCGACUGGUGAGGCUGAGAACGCCUGGGUUCACGAAUGUCUGCGCGUUGCUGAGCCAAGGAAUGAAUUCCUUCGUCGCUGCACCCCCAGCUACUUCAACUACGAAGGGCAAAUGAGUACUAAGCUGCUUCGGUCGAACUUUUACUCAGGCUCUCCUAAUGAAUAUCAGCGCGAACUUACUAGAUGGAGAGAGAAUGGUGAAUUGGAAGGGCUUAUCCUCCAUUAUUAA